AUGACUUCGUCGCUUGCGGCUCAGUUGGCCAAUGUACGCUCGCACAAUGCAGAGCGACUCACCUCGUCAGCAUCGCUGGUCAAGCACACAUCGUAUCUCUUUCCACCCAAAACAGCAGCACAGCAAGAUCUCUUCACCGUUCAUGCACUUGGUGCCAGCGGAUGGACCGAGCUUUCAGCUGAAGAUGCCUCUUUGCAGCGAUGGUCGCAGUCAUCGCUCCUCUUUGGAGACGAGAGUAGGGACAUGGACCGCCUCAUGCUGCCCAAAGAAGACAACGAAGCAAUCAACGAGGCUGUCAACGAGUUUCUUCAUCUUGCCUCGCCCUUCCUUCUCUCCAAAGGCGCGUCCAAGUGCCUCGAAUGGCUCGUCCGUCGAUUCCGCAUCCAUGAAUUCAGCGUCGAACAGGUGCUCGCCGCCUUCCUUCCAUACCACGACACCCAGCAGUUCGCUCGCAUGCUCUCCAUCUGCAAGCUUGACGGCAAGCCACACCUGCAGUUUCUCCUGUCUGUCAAGAAGACCGCAAGUCCUCUUCCCGCUGGUGUCUUGCACGCCGCCAUCCUUGCACCCGCUACCACCACCGCCAGUCUCGACCUUCUUCGAUGGAUUGCAGGACUUGUCGCCAAUGACGUGUCUUCUCGGCUCCAAGUAGCCCCGCAUCGCGCCCUUGUCAACUUUUGGACUUCCACCUUGGUGCAGGUCUGCGCCGCCCGUUCUCGAUUGGACGACAAUCAGCAGGUCGCCGGGCUUUCCAAAUCGAGUAGCAACUCGAAAAAAGCGGCAAAGACACGUGCUGCAGAUGCUCAAGCCAUCCUCACCGUUCUCCUCCCAUCCGCAGUUAGAGCGGCAGGCACCACUUCGCUUGGUCAAGAUGCUCAGAUCGGAGGUCUCAUGUUGCUUUGCACCAUUGCGCAGUCCUUUUCACUCAGUAAGGAGGCUAUCCAGGGUGUUCUGACCAGCUUGGCAAAGCUUCUGUCCGCCUCUCACGUCGUCCCUGCCGUCAACCGUGCCCUGAUCGCUUGCGCUUUUGCCCUCUGCACCAGCUCGACUGCUGGCAUCGACCCGCUCGCUCCUCAGUCGACCUCAGCGGAACGCCUCAUCCCCGAUAGCUUGGCGGCUCUGCUUGUGUCAUCGACGGAUGCAGGCAACUCGGUCGCCUCGCUCGCCAAGUUGUAUGAUGCGCGUGCCUUCUUGACCCACUUUAUUGCGGCUCUCAUUGCUCGUCUUUCGCACAGUCCGUCCGCUGAUCUCCUCGGCGCGAUUGUGCGAGGUCAGGUUGUGCAAGACGACCUGUGCCUUCGAGCCACCGAGCUGCUCCUUCGUCUUCGCCUCGGCGCCUCGGCCGGUUCUUCGCAGGCACCCGAAACGGCGUUCGAAGCCAACUUUUCCGUCGACGCCAUCCACGAGGCACAUCAGAAUCGUCUGCGUGUCCUGCAAACUGUACGCAGCCGCAGAUCGCACGUGUUUGACGCCGCCUUGCGCAACUGCACACGAAAGGAUCAAUCCGAAGCCUACAUCGCUGCUAUCUGGCAGACCGUCCAGGCAGUCCUGGCGCUCGAGUCUGGUGCUUCGCUGCAGGAAGCAUCCAAUGGCGGACUGGAUGCGCAAGGUCGGUCCGACAUUCUGUGGCUCUCGAUCCACUCGGCCGAAUCCUCUCAACGUUCCCUCGCCCUCACUCAGCUGUAUCAGGAUAUCAGCAACGGCCGUGCUUCCGCUCAAGACACCAUGGUCCGAGAGGCUCUCCAUGCACGUAUCCAAGACUCGUCUGCCGACGUUCUAGACGUUCUCUAUUCGGAGCCUUCGGCUCUGCUCCAUGCUUUUGACAAGCGCACGCUCCUGUCCAUCGUCUCUGAGGCCCUUGGAGAGAACCAGAUCCACACCGAACGAUUCGAACAGCACGUCUCUUUCCUUCUCAACUCGUAUCUGGGAAAGUACGCAGACGCUGAAGACGAGGUCCUUCGACGUGCUCUUUGGCCUCACUUGCUGCACAGCCCUUCUGGCCUUGCUAUUGCGAGCUCCGCCGUCAAGCUGCUCUCUCAGAGCAGUAACGCCGAAGGCCUGCUCAGCUCCAUCGCAUCUUCUGCUGCCGAGUCCGAUGACGCUGCCGGCGCGAAUGAUGCCAUCGCCCGAGCCGUGGCUUCCUAUAUCACCAUUGUUGCAGCUCCAGUCCGCCAAGACUGGGUGGACUUUCUCAUCUCCACCGCGCAACCAUCUCAGGACACUGCCACUUGCUCGCGGGACCUUGCUCUGUUAUCCCUGAUUCAUUUGUCGGAUAACAUCGCCGGCGACAGUCUGGUUUCGCUUUCGGACGCUAGUCUUCGAACCGUGGUGCUACCCUCGCUCUCCGCGACCGGUGUACUUACCACAGAGAACAGCAAGCAGCUGUCCAGCCUCGCCUUGCAAGACACACUCGCUUCGUCGCAGCAUGUAGGACAGCUCGAAACGCUCUUCGAGCAGGCUGGCACCGAACAAAGUGCAGCUCUCUUGGUCAGUCACCUCCUCAUCCAGCUGGUUCGCCGAGCUGAAGUCCCUGCUUUGGAUGCCUUCUUGACUUCGCAGGUUUCGUCAGAGGUGCAGCAUGCCAAAGCACUUCUCGGAAGCCUGUACUCAGUCGUCAACGCCUCUCCGCUCCCUUUGUCUUUAGCGAGGCUGUUGCUGCAGAUCAUGCUGGACAAGCUCAGAGAUUCCAGCCUACCCUUCCUUGCGUCCAUCUGGACCAACACCUUGGCCUCGUACAGCCUCGCUAUACGACUCUCAGCGCUUCGACAUGCUGACGCCUAUCUGCAAGCCCAGGUGCAAGCAAUUCCUCAGCAACAGCCCAAGGAUUUUCAAGUCGUCGUCCCUCUCCUGCUCACUGCCCUUGCCGAUGCCGAGGCCUCUAUCCGACUCGCCACAGUGUCCUGCUUCGAAAGCAUCCUCGCCAUUUGCAAGCAUGCCGUAGGCCUGGUCAAAGCGUCGAAGAAGAAGGCCAAGGAACUCGACAUCUUCGCGUACGAGUUGUUCCAUGGCGCUGCCGCUUCGGAUCCGAUGCAAUACAUCGAUCUUGCCUCGCUUGCCCCCUACCUUGAACAGCUCAUCGAACGCAAGUCUUCGUUGCGAAACGAUGCCACCUUGCUUCCUCAGCUGCACGCCGAACUCCUCCACAUUGGACGACACGAUGGACGCAAGGAAGUCGGUCACAAGCACGCCAUGGUCUGCUUCAUCGUUUCUCACAUUCUUUGCAUCGACUCCCUCCCUGCUCGGCUCGUGUUGUUGCAGUCGCUCUCCACCGUGAGCGAUGCCGCCAAGCUCGAGAUGUUGUUGCCGCUUAUCCGCGAAGUUGUUGAGGCCAAUGUCGCAGCCGCCACCAAAGGACUUCGCAUCCCAGACGAUCGCGAGCUGUAUCUCGAGCUCCUUUUCGCAUCGUACGACCAAAGCUGCCGUCACAUUGUCGAAGAGGCCUCGACUGGCGCAUGGUCUCUGUAUUUGCACGCUUUGGAGGGCCGAGACGGCAGGCGACACGUUCAGAAAGCUGCUGUCCGCGCUCUCGACAAGGCUGGCCUCUUUGCUGCUCUUUCGCCCAUCAUGCGCAAGGAGUCCUACCUGCACUUGGCAAGCAUCGUUGCCGAUCCAUCACUGCCAGCGUCUCCUGAGGUAGCUUCCGCCCUGCGCGAGCUGGAGAUCGAUUCCACCAUUCUGAUCGCUGUCUUGUUCGAUCUGCGCGAGACCAUCACCUCCAAGGCGCUCAGUGGCCCCGAGUCGAAGCGUGCGCGCACUUCGCUGAGUUCCGACGAGAGCAUGAAGCGCAGCUGCGCCAUCCUCGUUGCGGUGCUCGAGUCAGCAGUCGGAAGCAAGCUCGCGUGUAUUCCCGCUCUGCUGUACGAGCUGUUUGAGGUGCUUCGCGUAGCUGUCGAUCUGCACUCGGGUCUGCUUGCGACCAACGCUGAACAAAUGAUGCAGCUCGCCAUGUCUUGCAUCGAAAAAUUGGUGGCUGUCUUGCCCAGAUCGACCGCAGACAUCCCUGCUGAAGUCGCCCAAGCCUUGCGAGUCGACACGAUCGUCAGCGUCAUCAAGGCAUCCAACAACCCGCAGACAUUCCAGCAUGCGUUGCUGCUCCUGUCCAAGAUCGCCAACAUUGCGCCAGAGGCUGUGCUGCACAACGUCAUGCCUAUCUUCACCUUUGUCGGUGCAACAGUCCUGCAGCGCGACGACGCUUUCAGCUUCUCCGUCGUCGAGAAGGUCUUGCAGAGUAUCGUUCCAGCCUUGGUCAGCUCCUUCAAGACGGGCGGAGCCGCUAAGCAGAGCAAGUUUGCGCUUCUGUGCGAAGCUAGGGCUUUCGUGCGCAUCUUCACCGAUGCUGCUGCGCACGUCCCGCGUCAUCGAAGACAGACUUUCUUCCGCCUGCUCGUCGACAUUCUGGGCGCCGACGACUUUGCAGCUGCUGUCGCCAUGCUUCUUGUCGAUCGAUCGGCUCACAAGAUUGUCAAGCAGCCCCGAAGCGAUGCCGAGCAGACACUGCAGCUUCCUCUCUCCGUCGUCUCGCCUCACAGCGCAAUGGUGCAAGUACGAGCGCUCCAUCAAGUCUGGGAGGAAGUGCUGAGGAUCUGGUUCAAUCGUGACGAGACCGAAUCGCUCAGCGAGCUCGUUUUCCUCGACCGUGCUGGUCGUCUCGACAAGGAACACGUCGAUCACGAGUCGGAACCGCUUCGACAAAUUCAGGCACUCAUCAUGCUGAUCCGACAGGUUCUGCUCUCGAAAGCUUUCGCCGAGCAAAUGAAGGGCGUCCCCGCAAGUCAAGUCGGUGCCGAGCUCGAGACCUUUAUCAGACUUGCACUCGAGACAGCGGCGAGCACGCGUUCGAGCCAGCCUACGAUCGCAGCGCUUGCACUCGAGGUGCUCGAUGCUGCCAUGCCUUUCGCACCGGUCGACAAUGUUUUGACUGUCGUGUCGAGUUUGGUCGAAGGUCACGACGUCGCACGCAAGACCAGUGGAUUCUCUUUGUUCGCCAGCCGCGUCGCUGCCAUGGCUCCGACAUCUGGUGACCGUGCCGCCGUUGCUGCUUAUACGCCGACCAUCGUCAAAGCGGCCAUCGAAGUUGUACAAGCCUCUCUCGCCUCGUCGAAAGGCGGCAACGACGCCGAAUCCCUGCGUCAAGCCGCUCUGGAUGCUCUCAGGACGGUGUCCUCUUCAGCACAGCCUGCUGAACAUGGUGCGCUAGCCUCGACGAUUCCAACUUUGAUCAAACUUGGCAAAGCCGGACUCGAGUCAGAGGGCGGAAACCGAGCGGUACCUUCGGCGGCACGGAUCAGCAUCUUCUCCAUCACGAAGCGGCUCGCCACGAAGCUUGGUCCCCGCCUCAUUCCGCACAUCGCAGCUCUGGUGCCUUACUGCCUGUCCAUCGUCUCGCGGAGUGCCUCAGUCUCUAUUGUUUCCUCCGAAGACGAAGCCGAAAUGGAAGUUGAAUCGGAAGACGUCGGCCCUGCUGCAAGCGGUGCCAGCUCAAAUAUUGCGGUGCUUCGAACCGGCGCUUUGGACACGUUGACCGGUCUAUUCGGCUCCGUGCCCACCUUCAUGACCUCGUACGUAUCUCAGAUCAUCCGCAUGACGAUCUCUCCCCAGCUCAAGGUAGCCAUGUCCAGCCUCAGUGGCUCUUCCACCGCAAGCGAGCGAUCGCUAAACUUGCUCGUGUCGACGCUGAUCCGCAAGACGGCAACCAAGGAACUCUUCGAGUCUACGUUCAAGGUCUGGGACGAAGAGUUCGCUCUGUCAAAGGAGGACGCCACCGAACGCCUUGUCGGCAUCUCCGAAUUCCUCGGUCGAGCACUCCGCCAGAGCGAUCGCGAAGCCAUCGGCGCAACAUACAAACUCGUCUACCGUUUCCUGCUCCGAGCUCUCGACCUGCGACGAACGGGACUUGUCGGCAACAGCAAACUCUCUCAAGCAUCCAUCGGCCGCAUCGAGUCCAGCCUCAUCUCGCUGCCGUUCAUACGCAUGGUGCUCAAGCUCAACGAGGCGUCUUUCCGUCCCUUGUUCAUGCGCAUGUUCGACUGGGCCGUCCUGGAUCUGGUCGAUGGCGACGACGCAGCUUCGACUUCGGAAUCGGAUGGCAUUGUGGCGCGACAGAUUGUGCUCUUCAAGACGUUCAACUCCCUAUCCGAGACGCUGCGUAGUCUCGUGUCGUCGUACUAUGCGGUGCUGCUGGAUCAGGUCAUCGAGCUUCUGACGACUUGGAGCAAGCUUCUCCCACGCGCCCCCAUCGCACAGCAAAGUAUGCAGCGCGAGCUCUGGAACGAGGUGAUGCGGUCGAUCCAGCUCUCGGCCAAGCAUGACGAAGGUGUUUUCUGGAACCCGACACGUGUUGCCAAGAUUACUGGUCCGAUAUUGGACCAGAUGAACCUGCUCAGCACUGGUUCGAGUGCCAAACACGCCUUCAUCCAGCCGGAAGAAUUCGUAGAUGCAGUGGCACCCGUUGUGGUGGGAUUGCUCAAGAACGUCAACGACGAAGCGACGCUCAAGCUGUUCAAUUCGAAGCUGCUGCAACGUGCUUCGGCCACCCGCGCGACCAACAGCAAAUCGGUUCGUUCGGCAGCUACGCAGCUUCUGACGCACAUGUGGGCCGCACAGAAGGAUCACCUGUUGGCGUUGGUGCCCGAGACCAUUGCACAGUUGUCCGAACUGCUCGAGGACGACGAUGAGGAUAUUGUCGGUUACGCCAACGAGUUCAGGAGCGAGAUUGAAGCAGCGCUGGGAGAGAGUCUGGAGUCGUACCUGACCUGA